AUUCCACUGCCCCAUAUCCAGCACAAACAACUGCAUUCGAAAUCAAAGUUUUAAGACAAAAAAAAAAACUUCCUCUUUUUCUUUCAUCUCAAAGUCUUUCCUACUAAACUUAGAGUAAAGAAAGAUGAUCAGUGCUAAGAAGCUUAUCAAAUUAGCAAGGAAAUGGCAAAAAAUGGCUGCAAUUAGGAGAAAAAGAAUUACAUUUCCAAGAACCACUGAGGAUGCUGACACAAACAGUUGCAGCACAUCAUCAGUGGUCGAGAAGGGUCACUUUGUUGUGUAUAGUGCAGAUCAGAAGCGCUUUGUGCUCCCUUUGGAGUAUCUCCAGAACGAAAUUGUCAUGGAGCUAUUUAACAUGGCAGAAGAAGAGUUCGGACUACCGGGCAAUGGGCUUCUCAUGUUGCCUUGUGAUGCAACCUUUAUGGAAUAUAUUAUUGCUUUGCUCAAAAGGAAACCAAGUAAAGAUGUGGAGAAAGCAUUGCUCCUAUCUGUAGCCAGUGGUCGUUGCUCAUCGUCAUAUCUUUAUCAGCAAGAAACAAGCCAACAGUUGCCGAUAUGGAGCUUCUGAAUCAUUUUUUCUUUUCAAUUUGUAGUUGAUUCACAUCACUGUAGAUCGAAUUAUAUAACGGAAAACACAAGGAUUUUUGUUUCUCA